GUCUAUAUCUAUAUCAAUAACAUUAUUAUCGCUAGUAAGAAUAUAAAGAAGUACUUUAAAUAUAUCGAGACAGUUCUCAAUAUCCUCGACAAGGUAUAUAUUUAUAUUUUAGUAGAAAAAUUCUUUAUAGCCUACCUAUUAGUAAGACUUCUUAGCUAUAUAGUCAAUAGUAAAGGAGUAGCUAAGAUAGACGACAAAAUCGCUAUAUUUAAGAAACUUAAGUUCCCUAAUACCUUUAAGACCUUAGAACAGUACCUUAGUAUAGCUAGAUAG